AUGUAUACCUCCAUCAUCCUCCUCCUCACCGCUUUCAGCGCUCAUGCCGCUGCUCAAACCCUGACCCCAACAGCAGCACCAACCAUAACCACUUCACGCCCAUCUCUCACGUUGCCAUCAUGCUGGGCGCUCGAAGACUCUCUGUCAAUGACCGGCGCCCCCGCACCUCCGAUGGACAUGUCCGAACUGGGCGUAUCCUUUGCCCUCGGGAGUCUCUACAACACCCAAGACCCUUGCAAACUUCCUGUCAUUACUGGAUCGUCAGCUGAGGAAUUCUCGGAGUGGGCUUCUGAAUGGACAAGCUGGCAGGCGGAGCAUGUUUCCGAAUAUCGCGUAGUAUGGGAGGCGUGCAGUGAUGACCCUGCUAUCACUGAUCUUGUGCCAGUUGGACCAGAUGCAUGCAGUACUCUGAAAGCUAAAAUUACAGGUACUUCUGCUGCAAAUGAGGAUAAAGACGAAGAUAGAGAGAAGGAAGAGGGCAGGAAAGAUGAUAAGCCGGAGGCUGUAGAUGGUUCCCCGGGUUCUCGUAUGACAGCGUCUUUAGCUGUUGCUUUGAUGGCUGGUGGUGUGCUGGUUGCAGGAUUAUGGUGA